AUGACGAGACAUCGCCAGAAAGACGCCGAAGGCAGCGAGCUGAUGACCCGGAAGCGGGCGUGGAAAGAUCCUGAAGGUCGAAUUGUCAAGAAAAGACCUUUCUUGGACAGCACUCAAGACGUCCCAACGACUGAGGUAUCGCAGACGAAUGUAGUGACCGUUCCGCUUCCACCAUCACCUCCUGGAAGUGCUUCAUCCAAUCUCGCUGCAUCUCCGAGCCAGCUCUUCGACCCAACUCAAACAUAUCAUGAUGGCUUUGAACAAGUAGACAUCCUCCAGCCUUGCACAUUCGAGGCUACCGGUGGCCAAGACCUUUUCUGGGAGAGCAUUCCACCCUUAUCCGAUCCUGGACAUAGUACUGGUCCAUUGGACGACAUCUUCAUGCCUGAUACUGCAAGUUCGUUCAAUAUGCCUUACACCACCAUGACGAAUUACAAUUGGCUCUUUGAUCUUUCGCUGGAUCCAGAGUUCCACUCUGAUACAUCCCUCGGUCUCAACGUCGUCCAGAACGACCAGCCUCGAGCUCCUCCUCAACAGGGUCAUUCCGAGCAGAUUGCACGCGAGAAGCAUCAGAACGCUGGUGCAAUAGGUGUGUCUUCAACCCAGGGCAACGGCAAGGAGAAGUUGAGCUGCUCCUCCUGCUAUCAAUCUCCACGCAAGGUCCUACAGGAAACUCCCAUGUGUCUAUUAGAGCCCAACAAGCAAUUGCCUACUCUAUGUGACCUCACGCGAGACCGAAUUCUGAAAGUCAUCGAUCUUUGCAGACCUACAUCUCCGGAUGGCAAUACCAUAACCAGUUCUCACCAGCUGCUGACACUUGCAUCUCUCCAAUCUUACCUCGAUCUAUUCUUCACUCGCUUCAACACGGUGUAUCCUUUGAUUCACCUGUCGACAUUCAACCCAACAAGCAUUGAACCAAUUCUCUUACUAUCGGCCAUCCUAUUGGGAGCAACCUAUGCCGACAAAGAGGCUCAUCAGCUUGCAGUUUGUAUUCAUGAUGUUCUACGGCCCUACAUAUUCAGCUGUCCUGGGUUCAAUGCACGAGCGGAGCUUCCAAUCCUGCAGGCUAUCCUACUGACAGAGUGUCUGGGUAAGUCUCGAGCAGGACAACGUCAGCACGAUAUGAGCCAUCUAUUCCAUGGACUUCUUAUCAAUCUCAUCAGAAGAAGCGAAUGUCAGACCGCCGACCCCGAGACGGUGGGCAAAGACUUGGAUGGCGAUAUCGAGUCUCACUGGCGGAAAUGGGCGGAUUUGGAGUCCAAGAAGAGGCUUGCGCAAAUAUGCUUCAUCUGGGAUGUUCAGCAUGCAGUACUAUUCAGUCAGUCGCUGUGCAUGUCAGCUUUUGAGCUACGAACAGCUUUGCCUUGCGAUCAGUCAGUUUGGGAGGCCACAUCUCCACUGGCAUGGAAAGUCGCUUGGAAGACACAGAAGCAGACAUCUCUCAAUCUUCUCGCUGUGCUGAAAUCAUACCUGAGUCCCCAUCGAGAGGUAACGCAGCGCGAUCUCAAUGCCAUCUCCAGAAUAGUUAUUCUCCACGGUCUCAUGUCCAUCUCAUGGGAUAUGGAAAGACGGGACCAGACAUCGCUAGGAUCUUUGGGCAACGGAAUCGUCUCUGGAUCCUGGCGUGAGCGAAUGAUACAGUCAUAUGAUCUCUGGAAGGCAGACUUUGAUCGGUGCAUGGUGGAUAUGAAACUCCAACUCCCACCCACGUCAAAAGACCCAGUCCCUAGCGAGGAACUAUCUUGGAGACAAGGUCUCGCGACUUACGAGAUAACGAGCAACGCUAUAUAUCACGCUGCGAGUCUAGUCCUACUAUCAGAGAUUCUCGACCUACAAAUCUAUGGAGGAGCCAGACACAUUCUAGGUCGACCAGUCUCCAGAGCGGACUAUGCUCGUUCGCAAAAGAUUGUGAAGCGUUGGGCAACUGAAACUCCCAAGCGGGCUAUAAAGGCAACAUGGCAUUCUGCAUGUCUCUUGCGAGAUUUCUCAGAGAGCAAAGAAGAACCUUUCAUCUCCGUGGACGUUUUUCAUCAUCCUUGGACUAUCUUCCUGGCCAGCUUGACGCUUUGGGCAUUCUAUCAAGCACGACCAGCUGAUAGUACUGAUAAUGACGAUGAGAUGAUAUGGGAUGCGAAAAAGCACAUGAAAGAGCUCCUCGAUGGGAUUGUUGGACUUGAUUGUCACGGCCAAGAGCUGCUUGUUGUCCCAAUGAUACAUCGAGGGAGUAAUUGUACUGCGGGACUUACUGCUACGGUUGUGGGUCAUUUGAGUAAAAUUCGUUGGGCUGUUGUUCAUGAUGGUAUGAUGGUUUUGAAGGGGUUGGUGCCCUGGAGGUUGAUUUGUGAGGAUGAUGGACGGAAGUAG